AAGAACUGAGGUGGUGAAGAAGCAUAUCAAGGAACUCCUGGAUAUGAUUGCCGAAGAGGAAAGCCUGAAGGAAAGACUCAUCAAAAGCAUGUCUAUCUGUCAAAAAGAGCUGAACACUCUGUACACUGAGUUACGCGACGAGCCAUUUCAGGACGAAGGGGAGACUACCAUCUUGCAACUAGAAAAAUAUUUGCGCACGCAGGUGGAAUUGAUGCGAAAACAGAAAAAGGAGAGAAAACAGGAACUGAAGCUACUUCAAGAGCAAGAUCAAGAACUGUGUGAAAUUCUUUGUAUGCCCCGCUAUAAUACUGAUAGUGCCUCAGUGCCCAGCUUAGAAGAGCUGAACCAGUUCAGGCAGCAUGUGGCCACUUUGAGGGAAACAAAGGCUUCUAGGCAUGAGGAGUUUGUCAGUAUAAAGAGACAGAUCAUACUGUGUAUGGAGGAAUUAGACCACACCCCAGACACAAGCUUUGAAAGAGAUGUGGCGUGUGAAGAUGAAGAUGCCUUUUGCUUGUCUUUGGAGAAUAUUGCAACACUACAGAAGUUGCUGCGGCAGCUGGAAAUGCAGAAAUCACAAAAGGAAGCAGUGUGUGAGGGUCUGUGUGCUCAAAUCUGAGAGCUCUGGGACAGCCUGCAAAUACCUGAAGAAGAGAGAGAAGCUGUGCCCGCCAUCACGUCUGGGUCAAAGGCCGAGGUUCGGAAAGCGCUGCAAUUAGAAGUGGAUCGGUUGGAUGUACUAAAAAUGCAAAACCUGGAGAAAAUGAUCGAGGCAAUUCGAGUGGAGCUGGCUCAAUACUGGGACCAGUGCCAUUAUAGCCAGGAGCAGAGACAAGCCUUUGCCCCUUUCCAUUCUGAGGACUACACAGAAAAUCUGCUCCAGCUCCAUGAUGCUGAGAUUGUGCAGUUAAGAAACUGCUAUGAAGCUCACACGGCUCUCUUUGAAGGAGUCCGGAAGUGGGAAGAAAGCUGGAGGCUUUUCUUAGAGUUUGAGAGAAAAGCUUCAGAUCCGAAUCGAUUUAUAAAUUGGGGAGGAAGUCUUCUAAAAGAAGAAAAACAACGAGCCAGGCUCCAGAAAACGCUGCCUAAGCUGGAAGAGGAGCUGAAGGCACACAUUGAAGUAUGGGAACAGGAACAUUCAAAGGCAUUUCUGGUAAAUGGGCAGAAAUUUAUGGAGUAUGUGGCAGAACAGUGGGAGAUGCAUCGACUGGAGAGAGAAAGAGCCAGACAGGAAAGACGACUCAAGAACAAAAAGCAGACAGAGACAGAGAUGCUGUAUGGCAGUGCUCCCCGAACACCCAGCAAGCGGCGGGGACUGACUCCCAACACACCCGGCAAAGCACGUAAGCCAGUCGCUACUUCCACCUGUUCAGGGAAGAAAACGCCCCGUGCCGGCAGGCAGGGAGCCAACAAGGAGAACCUGGACCUCAACGGCAGCAUCCUGAGUGCGAGAACUUUCAGAGGCUUCCAAAUCUGA